AUUUGUUGUCUUACAUUUAAUUUCACUGAAUUGCCAUGUCCUUGGCUAAAUAUUUCAAUCGUUGCGCAGCCAAAGCAGGCAGUGAAGCUUUCUCUAGAACCUGUUUGCUUAAGCCAAUGGAAGCCGAACACUGUGUUAUACGUCUUAAUGAAGGCGACAAUGUGAUUGGUCGCAACAAGGAGACUGGCAUAAGAGAUGCGAAGUGUUCAAAGAACCAGGUACAGCUCAGUGUGGACAACACGCGUGGAUGCAUCCAAUUGAAGGUUUUGGGAGUAAAUCCUUGCGGAAUUAACGGAAUUAUGGCAUUGCAUGAUACAGAGUGUCAGCUGCUGCAUGGCGAUAUAUUGGAAAUCGUGUAUGGGCGACAUCCCUAUGAAGUAACUUUCAGUCCGCCACCAGUUAAAGAACAGGAGAAGCAGGAUAAAGAGAACAUAGAGGUUGCCAUAGUUUCUAAUGAGCAGGAAACCUGGAACUCUGUGGCCAAUGGAAAAUUGAUAAUCUACACAAGUGUCGGAGUGAAAGCUUCUAGCAAAAUAGCUUCAUAUGACAUGGAUGGUACUAUUAUAAAGACCAAAUCCGGAAAUGUAUUUCCAAAAAACACUGACGACUGGCAGAUCAUAUUCCCCGAAGUGCCCGACAAGCUGCAGCGCUUGCAUAAGGAUGGCUUUAAAAUAUGUUUCUUCACAAAUCAAGGUGGAAUUGCACGCGGCAAAAUUAAAUUGGAUGAUUUCAAGCUAAAGGUGAAAGCAAUUGUCAAGAAACUAGCCGUGCCAGUGCAGGUGUUUAUUGCUGUGGGUAAUGGCAUCUACCGCAAGCCAUUGACGGGCAUGUGGGAGCAUCUGAAGAACGAAAUGAACGAUAAUGUAGAAAUUAGAGUGGAGCGUAGCUUCUUCGUGGGCGAUGCAGCUGGCAGACCCGAGACAGGCAAAGGCAUUACUAAGCAACGCAAGGAUCAUUCACUGGCAGAUCGUUUAUUUGCCAGCAACAUUGGCAUCUCAUUCUACACACCGGAGGUACAUUUUCUGGGCAAACGUGUGGAGCAGUGGAAUAAGCCUGACUUUGAGCCCAGCAGCGUGCACAAUCAAGUGCCACAGUUCGAGCCGGAUGACGUGCAGUUCAGCGGCGAUAAAUGCGAAAUGGUUAUAGUUGUCGGCUUGCCGGGCUCUGGAAAAAGUCACUUCUGUGCUGAGGUGCUGGGUACUAAAGGCUAUAAGAUCGCAAACGCAGACACUUUGGGUAGCACGCAGGCGUGUCUAAGUGCCUGCCAACGUUCGAUUCAGGCCGGUCAGAGCUGCGUGGUUGAUAACACUAAUGUAGAUACAGCAUCACGUAAAAAGUUUAUAGCCUUAGCCAAAGAAUCUAACAUUACUUGCCGUUGCUUUGUUAUGAAUGUGACUCCAACCCAGGCCAAGCAUAACAUUGCCUAUCGUGAGCUAUUGGACACAUCCCAUUCCACUAUAAAUGACAUGGUAUUUAACAUGAUGAAAAAGAAGUACCAAGCACCAACGCUGCAGGAGGGUUUCACUUCAAUACAUAAAGUUAAUUUCAAGCCACAGUUUGCCAACGAACAGGAUGAAAAACUAUACAAAAUGUAUUUGUUGGAGAAGUAAUUUAACCAAGUAACUUUAAUA